GGGGAAAUAAGAAACAGAAGCGCAUCGAAACGGCAAAGCAGAAAAGAUGAAUACACCGGAGGAUCUAGGGUUCCCUUGGAUCUCUCUGUGAAUUCUAUAUGUUUGCAUAAAUUGAUUGCUUCUAUUCUAUCUUUUUCUGUGAUUCUCUACUUGGAUCUUGUGUAAAUGUCGUACAUUUAAGGGGUUUUCAGAAUUGGUAAGUUGAUUGUACCAGGUAUUUAACAAAGUUUAAAUCUAGGUCUUUAGGGUUUUCGAAUUUGGUAAUAGAGUCAUAUGCUCAAAUCAACAUUGAAACGUUAAAUUAGAAAUUGGGAAUCGAAGAAAAGGGAAAGGAGAGGUUUGGAGAGUGCAUUUCUUGAUCUGUAAGUAUGCGAGGACUGCAGAGAUCAAAAAGAGUUUCUUGGGCAACGGAUGUUAAUCUUUGUCAGGUAAAAGUGCCAACCUUCCAAGGAAUCUUAUAGAUUCUUGGCUAAAUUUCAGCGUAUUUGAUAAAUUCUUAUCUACCUCAUUCACUGAACAAGCUAAAAACAGACUCGGGCGUGGAAGUGAAAUCUAAUUUUUAUGCUGAUUUUAGAUAAUCGUUGUUUGUUUUGCUUCAUUAUUUUAUCAUUUAAGUUUGAAAAAUGGUUUUCUUCCCCCACUUCUCUUGGUGACCUUGCUUGCACUUUGUACUUAACUGUAAUGGUGUUACCCAAUUGUUAUAGUCUUGUCAGUAUUAAAUCUGUCUAAUGAAUAACGGUUUGCUCUUGAGGGACUCGUACUUGAUAAGGGGAAAUGAAUCAUAUGAAUCGUUUUCCAUGGCAUGUGAAUUCAGAAACUGGUCGGAAAUUUCAAGCUUGCCAUGGUAGUUACUUAGCAUAAUGUAAAAUUCAAUACAGGGAGGUACUUGUUUUAUAAUCCUUGCCACCCUUUUUCUAAAUGCUGUGCAACACAAGAUGAUUUCUUAUGGAGGUUUGAAGUAUCUAAGUUCUGCUGGCAAAAGUCUCUUUGGUGCAGAGACAUUUAUGAAAUACAUAAAAUUGAUCUUGAGUUAAGAAAAUUACUGAAUUGAAGGUGAAUCUAUUUGCUUGCCGUGACUGUUCUAAUCAUAUGAUACUAAUGUUUUCUUUUUAUACAAAAUAAUUAUAGAAAAAUCAGGUCAGGCGUUCUUUUAUUAUUUAUUUUUUUUUAAAGCUUAUUUUCUUUUGCUUGUCCACUUGAAGUUCAGAUUCUAAUGAAUUUCUAAAAUUUAUAUACAGGCACUUAGUGUGAAACUAUAUUAAGGUAAUGGAAGAAGUAGUUUGAUGUUAAUCAUGUUAAUUUUCCUGGUAAAAUUGAGUCACUAAUAAGAUGACAGCACCAGCUGGCUCGCAAUAGUCACUCCUAUCAGAUCUUUUUCAUGGAUGCUUCAGUUUUUGUAUUUUGUGGAUGAAAGUUUCUGAAUUGUUAUUUGAUAUAUUCUAGUUAAAUCCUCAUAAUAUUUCAGUAUCUUUAAUUCCCUUGGGCUUUGGAGUUAUAGUUUAAUUUGUUGAGAAGGAUGGGGUUUGGGGUAGGAAUGCAAUAGUGCCUGGGUAUGUCAUAGGAGAAUUACUAAUUUUUGGCAGAACAUCUAACAAUGAUUAAUUUGGGACGCAUUUUUAUGGGUAGGUCUGCUUAUUCCUUGUGCCGUAGUUCCCCGGGCACUCUUCACUAGUUGUCUGAUAUAAAUUCAUGUAUUGUUGAUUUAUGAGUUCUAACGAUAGAAUUUCUCCCACAUACUGCUUCCCCACCUCACUAGGUUAUUGUUAUUUUAAGAUGCUUAUUCUUGUUGUUUACCCCAUGUUGGUAACAUAAUGUUCACGAGAGAGCGUAAAAAACGUGUGUGCAUGCUUACAUUUCAUUGCGAAAGGUUUGAACGACCAGAUGAUGUUGUAUUUCUUUAUUUCUUCUGCCAAAAGUGAGAUUGUGUCACUACUGAAGCAGUGAUAUUAUCAUGCAACUUAACAGUUCUUUUUAGCUAGCUGCCUUCCAAAUAUUUCUUGUUAGUUGUUUUGGUAAGGUGACUACAUUCAACUGACAGCUACAUUUAACAAUGGAUGGCCAAUUAUAAUAUCGUGAUAAGUUUCACAGACACGCUAGUGAGGCAUGCAAAAGAAUCUGACUAAAUGGAACUGAUGUCCUUGCUUGACGGGCCAAUUUGCACAAUCACUUACAUUCCUAGAUUGUGGCACUGGCACAUGAUGCAUCUGCAUUCUUAACCUGGUUUUUAUUGAUUUCCCUAGUAUCCAGCAUUGGGAUAGAGAAGUUCUGGGAGGCUGUAUAAAUAACUUUGAUUCAACUUCCUUGUAUUUACUAUUUCCUCAUUGUUGACCCAGGAUGAAGUGUUGUCUACUGAAUUAAAGUCCAAAUCCAUCUAUGUUUCAGUGCUGCUCCUUAGGGCUUCUGGAUGCUGUCUGUUCUAAUGCUGCCUCUUGCGCUUUUUUGUUUGCAUAUCCCCAAAAAGAUCCAUUAGUGUUUAGGUUGAUCUGAAGGGGCUUAAGUGGGAGUAAUAGAAUUCUGAACAUUUUGUUCUGUGCUUGAUUGGAGCAAAAAACUGAAGGCAUCUUAAGGUUUGAUAUCUUCAUAUUCCUUCUUCCAGAAAGAAGAAACUUCACAUGGAAAUGUUCCGGGAGCACUAUUUCCUCUUCAUAGCUGAUUAGGGAUUCACUAGAUAUCUUAUUAUGAACAUAUCUAGUGGUUGAACUUAAAUUGUAGAUUGGAGGUCCACCCAUAAGAAGUGAGAAAUCCAGCCAAUUUCGUUGGUGCCAUUUCAGAAGAGCGUUUUUGAUGUAUUCCCCUAUGGGUAACAGCUGUGGUUACAACUUCCUUCUGUACCUUUAUGUUUAAGCAUUUAUGAGUAUGUUAUUGUGUUUUGUGUCCUUGUGGCUAAGUUGUAGGCUGCUUAUACAACUGACUCACCAUAUAACCCAAACAUGAUGGCCUUUUUCUGGUGAUUUGAGCAUACUCUAGUCCUGCUAUUUAGCUUUGCUGGUGACAAUCUUCUUCCAUCGUAAAUUGGAAUACAAUUUGACAUGACAGUAUUAACUUUCCAAUCGCUAGUAUGUGGGCAGGACAGGACGCAAAUAGAUAAAUUGUGUGAAAUCAUGUCGUCUGCGUUUAGUAUUUCCGUCGAUCAUUUAUAUGGACAAUACUCUGUUUUGACUGCAUAUUCCCAUUUCACCAUCAGGGGAUUUCCCUUCAUAUACAAAGACCACACGAAUGUGGAUUGGAGAAAGAUAUUUGAAUAUUCUGUAAGGCUGUUCCUGUCGGAGGAAUCUCCUUCACAAGUUGGGUUGGGUGCCCAAGAUCACCUCCAAGCAAAAGCAUCCUGGCUAUCCCAUCCAGCUGGCACAACUGCUGAAGAUACUCUUCCUCCUGGUUUUGAAGGUCUUUCUGCCAACCAGUUGCACGCUAAGUCAUCUGACAUCCCCGUCAUCAAAUGGAGAUGUCCUCCCAGAUUUAUCUUGGACUUGACCUGGCAAGUGGUUGCGGGGGAAGAAAGCGAAGAGGUGGAAGUUCAAAAUCAGAGAGAGAUGAGAGUGCUUGAAGCUGUUUAUCCUCGUACAUCUGCCAUUCCUCAAAACUCUACUUUCUCCGCAGACUUGGGAGAUUAUCGACACAGUGAUCAAGUGCCUUUGAUUCCAAUUACUCCCUUUGAAGAUGAAGAUGCAACUGAUGCACCUUCUGAUUUAAUGGGAUCAUUUAAUGUUCCCAUGAGCUCACAGUCCCAACUAUUAGCCUCUGGAAUUCCACCUCCUCAAUGCAGCAUUUCUUCCAUCUCUAAUACUCCUGUCAAUGAAAAACCUGCUUCUGGAGCUAUCCCUGGUGUUGAACCUGAUGUAAUAGCUGCUGCAUCGGCUGCCUUUGCUGCCAUUAAUAAGAGCAAUGAGCAGGGAGGUUUGGUAGACAAUGAUCUGCUCAUUAAAAUUCUCAACAACCCAAAAUUGAUUGAGAAGUUGAUUCAAGACUAUGCAGGUGAAUCCAAUGGGCAGAACAUCCCUAAGCCAAAUGCAUCUUUUGUCCCUUCAUCAGAUGUUCCACCGCCGCCUCCAACUCUAUCGGAACCAUCUUAUUUGCACAUGAAUAGAACCGAUACCAGCACAACUUCGUCGCAUGUCGCUAAUUCAAGCGGAUCCGUUUAUGCUCAACCAAAUGGUAUUGGGCCAGUGUAUAUCUCAAAUGCACAGGUUCCUCUAGCUGCAGCUCCAGCUCCAGCUUCAUCUGGUUCUGCUGUUGGAGUUCCGCAAGUGAAGGAUGUUAACUAUUACAAGAACUUGAUCCAGCAACAUGGAGGUGAAAGACAUGAAUCCCCUCAUCAAUAUGGUGGCCGUUACAGUCAUCAAGUUGGAACAAACCAAGAAGUACUUAAUCCCAAAUCAAGAGAUUCGAAGCCCAAGAUUAUGAAACCUUGUAUUUACUUUAACAGUUCAAGAGGAUGUCGGCAUGGCGCCAAUUGUGCAUACCAGCAUGAUGCAUCUUCACAGCAACGAAGCAGUAGCAUAUCAGAGGUGCAAACUGCAAAGAGAAUGAAAAUGGAUAGGGAAAUUAGCAGUUAGUUUUUCUGUUGCUUGUGGCUUUUGAUAUGAAAAAAAGGUUCACAUUUUAUUUUACUGCUGGCUUGAUUUUGCUACAAAAUAUUUCACCUUCAUUCGUCCUCUCUUGCAUGGGACGCCAAGAUUAAAAUUUAUAGGCAGAAGCCUAGAUUUUCCUAA